ACUUAAAGCUGGUGUUUCCGGUAACAUUUGAAGGCAGCAGUAGCGUUUGCUGAACUCGUGCUGAGCCAACAAGCCUCAUGAACUACAACAAUGAGUCUGAGCAACAUGUCCGGCUAGUUUGAAGUGAAGUUUACUUCUGUGAAACUGCCCUGUAAUAUUCACUACAUGUGCUCGUUGGAGGUUUCCAAAGCACUGAGUUAAAUGGAGCUGGAGGACCAAUGGUGGAAAGGACAACUCGCUUCAGAUAUAUACCAGGCGCUGCGGUACAAAGAGCUCAAGUUGCCUUCCUACAAAGGCCAGUCACCCCAGCUCAGUUUGAGAAGAUACUUUGCAGAUCUCGUAGCCAUCGUCAGCAACCGCUUCAGGCUGUGUCCUGCAGCCAGACACCUGGCCGUCUACCUGCUGGACCUUUUCAUGGACCGCUAUGAUGUGACGGUGCAGCAGCUCCACAUGGUCUCACUCUCAUGUCUUCUUUUGGCCAGCAAAUUUGAGGAAAGGGAGGACCGGGUGCCCAAGCUGGAAACCCUGAACAGCCUGGGCUGUAUGAGCUCCAUGAACCUGGUCCUGACCAAGCAGGGUUUACUUCACAUGGAGCUGCUCCUGCUGGAAACCUUCCAGUGGAACCUGUACCUCCCCACAGCAGCCCAUUUCAUAGAAUACUACCUGUCUAUUGCCGUCCAUGAGGGAGACCUCCAUGAUGGCUGGCCUAUGACCUGCCUAGAGAAGACCAAACUAUACAUGGCCAAGUAUGCUGAUUACUUCCUGGAAGUUUCUUUGCAAGAUCAUGUGUUUUUGUGUUUUGCCCCCUCACUGGUGGCUGCUGCAUGUGUGGCCACCUCCCGCCUCAUCCUCCACUUGUCCCCUACAUGGCCACCUCGACUGCAGCGCCUGACAGGCUACACUUGGGAUAACCUUGUCCCAUGUGCUGAGAAACUACUCAUGUGUGUAUUUGUCUUGCACAUGACAGUGACGUCAAAGAGGCCAACAAACAGAAGUGCCAGCAGCCUGGUCAGCAGCAGCAGGGCCAGACAGCGUACCACAGUUCAGGCCAGACAGCCACUGUGGCCCAGUACCUGCACCGGCCCAGCAUGCAGUAUCCCCAACAGGCCCAGCAGCCAGGCCUGGUCCCUAACCACAAGCCUGCCUCUUACCACAGCCACUCCACUACCAGCCUGCAGCCACCCAGUGGUCCCCAGCAUGGUAACACCCAGGCCAUCACUACCUCACUGGAUCCAAAGUCCAACAUUUCCAACAGGGCUUACCAAGUCAGCAUGCACUACACCUGUGCUGCUCCGUGCUUUGACAGAUGAUUUUCAGGAUUUAGUCAUUUUUGGGGAAUAAGAGAUGUGAUCUGUUUCUCUUGAGCAUAACCGAAUACACUGAAGAGAAAAAGGGUGUUUUUAAUUUGAAGAGACUUGAUGAGAUUGGUACAGCACUUUGAACCAUAAGAUAUACACAGUGUGCAAUAUGCAAACUUUGCUCUAAUUUUCUGAGAGCCUACAUUAGGAUUUUUUUUUUUUUUUUUUUUUUUUUUAUUUGGUUUGAGAUAUCAAGUAUGAAUGUUGUUGUGAAGUGGCUAGAGGCAGAGUUUGCACCUCUGUUCCCACAAGUGUUGUAUAAUUAAGCUACAGGCCAAAAGUCUUGUACUUAUUUGAGCCACAUUACCUCAGAAGUAUUGAACUUGGUGAUUGUGUCCUUUAUGACUAAUACUGUGCUAAGUUAAGGGCAAUUACAGAAAGGGAUGUUGUGGUUGAGAUAAGAGAGCACAGUUUGUGUUGGUGUUCUGUUUUUUGUUUUUGUGAUUUGUAAAACUUGGAAAGAAUAUACCCCUCUAGAUUUUGCAAUUUAUUUGCAGAGAGAGAUUGUUGCUCUUCUGUACACAGAGGAUUUCAGUCAGUGCUGUGCACAAUGAUAGUUUUAAAUAAAAUACAGAUCUGUGUUAAUUGAACUGAAA